CAGCAGGUGGCUGCGCUGACUCAGCGCCCCGAGCCCUUAAAGGCGCGGCGGCCGCGCCCGCCCCGGCCGGGCUCCGUGUCCGUGUCGCCGUCCCCGUGUGCCAUGGAGCUGCCGUGGCUGGGCGAGCACUGCUCCGAGCGCACCUGCAAACAGCUGGAUUUCCUUCCUCUGAAAUGCGACGCAUGUGGGGAAGUCUUCUGUAAAGAUCACAUCCGUUACGAUGACCACAAGUGCAGCUGCGCCUACAAGAAAAAUGUGCAGGUGCCAGUGUGUCCCCUCUGUAACACACCUAUCCCAGUGCAGAAGGGAGAAAUCCCAGAUAUUGUGGUUGGAGCCCACAUAGAUAAGGACUGCAAAUACAACCCAGCACAGCAGAAGCAGAAGAUCUUCACAAACAAAUGCACAAAGCCAGGCUGCAGAAGGAAAGAGAUGAUGAAGGUGGUUUGUGAACAGUGUGGUGGCAGCUUCUGCAUAAAGCAUCGGCAUCCUCUGGAUCAUGACUGCAGAGGGAGCAGCCAGCCCAUCUCCAAGGCAGGAUAUGCAGCUCUGAUGAGAGCAUCUCAUUCCACCUUCAACUCCCCGGGAGCAAUUGGAGUGCCAUCUAAUGGGAAUCGUCAGCACAACAGGUAUCAGGAGAAAAGACAAACUAAACCCAGGCUGGUGUCCACACGGUGUGGCAGUGCCACUGUCACACCUCUGACUGCUCUAGAGCUGGUGGCUGACCUGUAAAUGGUGUUGGGAGUGCAGCAGAGGGGCUCUGACAGCACAGGUGAAUCCCUGCUGCUCUGUAGUGCAGUGAUUAAAGUGGCCUCACAGACACAAGCAUUGGGACAGGAAAUUGUAUCUGCAGGCUGG